UGAUCAGCGGAGCUGUAUGAGGAGGCCACGCCCCCACUGACGUCACCACGGUCGCUGACUGGAGGCCGCGGCUGUAACGUCUGAGGCGCCGGAUUUGAAACAUAAACGAGAGGCGGCAGCAAUAUCCCGAAACAGUGAGGCACGACAUCUCCCAGGAUUCAUGGCCUCCAGACUUUGGUGGCUGGAGCAAGACUGAAGAUAAGGUGGAAAGAGUGUUUGGAAGUGUAUUUCAUUGUCUGGAUCAUCUGUUGCAGAUUCCUUCUCUCACAGUUGAAGAGUACCUAUGAUAAAAAUUACAGACCUCUACAUGCUUUAAAAUAACUAUUUUCUUGGAUAACCUUAUUGAAACAUGCAUGAAUCUGACGUUUGCAGCCACGUGAGAGUGGUUGUCAGAGUCCGGCCUCCAAAUGAGAGGGAGAAAGUAGCCAAUUUCACAAACGUUGUGCAGGUGGUUGAUAAACACAUUUUAGUUUUUGACCCAAAAGUUGAAGAAGUCAAUUUUUUUCAUGGCAGAAGUGCUGCCAAUCGGGACAUAGCAAAAAAGAAAAAUAAAGAUCUGAAGUUCGUGUUUGAUUGCGUCUUUGAUGAAAAUUCAACCCAGCAAGAAAUUUUUGACCAGACCACUAAGUUUGUCCUGGAUGGUGUUUUAAAUGGAUAUAACUGCACUGUUUUGGCGUAUGGGGCCACAGGAGCAGGCAAAACGCACACAAUGCUGGGUUCCCCUGGACAACCUGGGGUGAUGUAUCUCACAAUGAUGGAUCUGUACAACCGAAUAGACAGCAUGAAAGACGAAAAACUUUGCAACGUUGCUGUCUCUUACCUGGAGGUGUACAACGAGCAAAUCCGUGACCUUCUUGGAAAUUCGGGUUCUCUAGCUGUGCGAGAAGAUGCUCAGAAAGGAGUAGUGGUCCAAGGAUUAACCUUACAUCAGCCAAAAUCUGCAGAGAAUAUUCUUCAACUGCUUGACUAUGGGAAUAAGAAUAGAACUCAGCACCCCACCGAUAUGAAUGCCACAUCUUCACGAUCACACGCUGUAUUUCAGAUAUAUUUAAGACAGCAGGAUAAAAGUGCCAGCAUUAAUCAAAAUGUUAAAAUUGCCAAAAUGAGCCUAAUUGAUCUGGCUGGCUCAGAACGAGCAAGUGCCACCAACGCCAAAGGUGCCCGGUUACGAGAAGGCACCAACAUUAACCGCUCCUUAUUGGCUCUUGGAAAUGUGAUUAAUGCUCUUGCAGAUCCAAAGACAAAGAAGCAACAUAUACCUUACAGAAACAGUAAGCUUACACGGCUCCUAAAAGAUUCACUGGGAGGAAACUGUCACACUAUCAUGAUCGCUGCUGUUAGCCCCUCUUCAUUGUCAUACGAUGAUACGUACAAUACUCUGAAAUAUGCAAACCGAGCCAAGGAUAUCAAAUCAGCAGUGAAGAGUAAUGUGGUAAGCCUGGACAGUCACAUUAGUCAAUAUGCGAAGAUCUGCGAGCAGCAGAAGAAAGAGAUUACGAUGCUCAAGGAGAAAUUAAAGAACUAUGAGGAGCAAAAGAUUCCAGAGCAAAGCAAACAGAAUCAGCUAUCUGCCACAAACAAGCAGCAGGCGGAAAUUAAAAGGUGCCAGGAUCAUCUUCAAUGCAUUUUUAAGAACAGAGAAGAAAUACGAACAGAAUAUUGCAACUUGGAGAUGCGUCUAAAACAAACAGAGCUAAAGGCCAUUUACCAGAGGCAGUACCAUGAGCAGAUCCAAAUGAUGUGUUCCCAAGAGGAGACAUUAAAGGCUACUCUGAAGAGAGAUCAUAGACUUGAGGCUUUGAAGGCCAAGCAGAGCAUUACACAGAAGCGAAAACAAGAAGAAUUGAAACGUUUUGAAGAGAAUACAAAUUGGCUCCAUCGUCUGGAAAAUGAAAUGAAGUUGCUUUGUCCGGACAAGCAGAUGCCAAUGGAGCUUUCCAAAGACUUACGAUGUUGCCACUUAAAACUGGAAGUAAAAGAUUUAAAGGCUCAGAUUGAACACAUGAAUCUCCUUGUGUCUAUUCAGGAACGAGAGUAUAGAUACAGUGAAAAGUUGCUUAAUACUUUUCUGCCUGCCUUCCGGAGGCAAUAUGAGAGACUAAAGCAGGCUGGAUUAGCAGAUGCAGUUGUAGAGUCUGAUUUUCAAGAACUGAAGCACCUGGUCCAGAGAGAGAAGGCAGUCGUAUGGGCCGACCAAACAAUUGUUGAAGAUCCCAACAAAACUGAUUUACCAGAUAUUACGUCAAUUCUGUCUUUUCCUCAUCUCUCGCACACAAAGACUACGCCAUGCCGUGGGGAAAAACAGCACGUAUGCAGCGUAGCACCAAACAAAAUUGACAUGCCACCUGUCAAGCCUUGUCCUGGACCACCAAGCACUUAUGACCUCAGUGCAGGACGUGAGCACCUGUUAGAUGUCCCUUUGAUAGUUGUGAAGGAAAAUCUCCCUCCAAAGCCAAUAGAAGUCGUUCUCCCUUGCAAGAGGACCAGAAGAAAACUAAUGGAUUCUCCAGAAGCUUCUGAAAAUGUUGGAGCACCUCAAAAUGAGAAAAGCCAUAAUGCUGAAGAUUCCAUCACUGAGGAGCUCGCCCCUAUUGUUUAUACCCCAGAAAAUCUAAAUAAAACCAUCAACAUUACUAAAGUGGUUGCAAAUAACUUACAUGUUGGACAGAAUCUGGAAAGUGCCAGCAGCUUUAUGGCUCAUGACAAGGACAUCCAGAAAUUUGGCUUCACGUUUAACUUAAAGACUGGGUCUGAACAAGCUGAUAUGGACUCUACUUAUAUCCUCCCUCAAAGCAGCAGUAGCUCGAACCCAGAUACACAUGGCAAAGAGACUCAGUUUCCCAGCAUGCUGCAAAGACUAGGACUUCCAUCUUUAUUGAACAAGAACCUAGGAAAAUUAAGUGAAAAACCGUCCUACAUGGCAAUGACUUCAGCUGCAGAAAGAAAGAGAAAGUUGUUAAGUCUUGCUGCUGGCAGUGCUAUAAAAGAGGAGAAUGUACAACUUCCUGUACCAAAACGUGUCAAGCAGGACAUCCCCAUCGAGUGCAAAGCAGUGAGAGUGAAAAGGGCAGCGGGCUUAUCGAAGAGGGACAACACUGCGCAAAGACGUCUGCCUAAGAGUAUUUCGGAAGGAAGCUUAGCUGGUGCUAAAAGGAAACCUUUUUCAUUCCUUGGAUCAUCUCAGCAGCUUUUACAAGCCACAAAGAAAAAAUAGCCUUGUGCAUCUGGAACACAUUCUCCACUUCAGAGACUAGAAAGCCAUGUCUUACUGAAAAUAAAUUUUAUGUACAGAAAAAACUGAAUAAUUUGUACAGUGCAAAUCCUAAUCAAUGUCUUCAUGUGUUGCUUCUUUUACUUGUUUUUUUUUUUUAUACCCUUGUCCAUCCUUACACGUGGUCAAGUCUUUACAUAGGGAAAACACCAUCAGAGUUUGGUUGUAAGAUGUCUGUGUGGUUUUACUAGAGCUUAGAAUUUCUGGCAUUCCAGUGUACUUGUAGCAGAGGAUGUUAUCUGUUUCCAAUAAGGAAGUAGAAUGUAACCUUAAAGGAGCAAUCCAGAUGAAAACUGACACACUUUAUGCCUAGUGCAGAAACUAAUGGGGCAGAGAAUGACACAGGGAUUUUCUCAGUGCUUUUUAAAUCCUUCCAUCAUGCUCUUCCUCAUUACGUCUAGUAUUAGGCAAAACACUAUAGAUCCGUUAUUCUUAGGCGAGUCACUUUUAUGAUGUCAUGAUUAAAAAAGUAAAAUAGGCUCUUGGACUGCUUAUUAGAGAUGAGCGAAGUUACAGUACUUCGAUUCUGCACGAACAUUGCGGCUCGGCAGUUGAUGACUUA